GUGAAAAGAGAGAUCAGUCACUUUUUUCGUUUUGUUGAGCCAAUUUGGUUAUCAAAUGUUGGAUCCACUGAAGAAGAACGAGUUGAAUGGGUAUCAAAGCGUAUGAUUGAUUCAAAUCCGGGUCAGAUGUGGUUGUUGCCAUAUCAUAAGGGAAAGCAUUGGAUGCUUAUAAUAAUUGAUUUUGAUCACCAAUUGUGCUAUUUCUUGGAUUCUCUUCACAAUUUUCCACCAGAUGAAAUCAAAUCUCUCAUUUCUCGUGUCUUUCAACAUUUACGCACAAAUAAUGCAAAAACUAAGGAAGUCGCGUGGAGAACAGUUAAGUGUCCUCGUCAACCAUUACAAUCAGUACAAUGUGGGUUCUAUGUUAUGAGGAUGAUGAAGGACUUCGUGACAAAUGAGUUUUCAAUGCGAUGGCUAACUAGUAAUUGUGGCGGGAAGAACUAUUACACAAAAGAUGAGAUCAAUGAAGUACGUGAAGAAUGGGCACAAUGCGUCAUGGAUUUGAUGAGUACUACAUAGGUCCACUCACU